AUGAGCGAGAUCAGAGAUAAGUUUUUGCAAGUUUACUCGGUCUUAAAAUCAGAGUUGCUCAACGACCCUGCUUUCGAGUUCACCGAUGACUCCCGCCAAUGGCUUGAUCGGAUGCUCGACUACAAUGUUCCUGGAGGAAAGCUCAAUAGAGGGCUCUCUGUUGUUGAUAGCUACCAGUUGCUGAAAGAAGGAAAAGAAUUAACGAGCGAGGAAAUAUUUCUUGCAUGUGCACUUGGCUGGUGUAUCGAAUGGCUUCAAGCUUAUUUUCUUGUUCUGGAUGACAUCAUGGAUGGUUCUCAUACGCGCCGUGGUCAGCCUUGUUGGUUUAGAUUACCAAAGGUUGGUAUGAUUGCUGCAAAUGAUGGCAUUAUCCUUCGCAACCAGAUCCCGAGAAUUCUUAAGAAGCACUUCAGGGACAAGCCUUUUUAUGUGGAUCUGGUUGAUUUAUUUAAUGAGGUAGAAUUUCAGACUGCCUCCGGACAGAUGAUUGAUUUAAUCACAACAUUAGUGGGAGAGAAAGAUCUGUCCAAAUACUCGUUGUCUCUCCACCGUCGCAUCGUUCAGUAUAAAACUGCCUAUUAUUCUUUUUAUCUUCCUGUAGCUUGUGCUCUUCUGAUGUUUGGAGAAAACUUGGACAAUCAUAAUGAUGUGAAAGAUAUACUUAUUGAAAUGGGAGUCUACUUCCAGGUGCAGGAUGACUAUCUAGAUUGUUUUGGUGAUCCUGAGGUUAUUGGCAAGGUUGGGACAGACAUCGAAGACUUCAAAUGCUCCUGGGUGGUAGUAAAAGCCCUGGAACUCAGCAACGAGGAGCAAAAGAUGCUACUAUAUGACAACUAUGGAAAAGAGGAUCCAGCUUGCGUGGCUAAAGUGAAAGAGCUGUACAAUACUCUCAAGAUUCAGGAUGAAUUCUUGGAGUACGAGAAAAAGAGUUAUGAGAAGCUAAAUAAGGCGAUUGAAGCUCAUCCAAGUAAAGCCGUCCAAGCAGUGCUGAAGUCGUUCCUGGCAAAGAUAUACAAGAGGCUGAAGUAA